AUGUCCAACUUUGGCCAAGGCUUCCAGAAUGCCGGCUUCGACCCCUCACUUCUCUACGGCAACAUGGGUGGCGCUGGUGGCGUAGGCAACGUAUCCAACGUUGGCAACAACAUGGGCAACGUCGGCGGCAUGAACCUUGGUGACCAGCAAAAGGUCGGACAGAACCAGUCCUUCAACAUGGCCAACCUUGGUGGCAUGGGCGCUGGAGGACUUGGAGGAGGCAAUAUGGGAGCAGGCAACGCCAACAACAACUCCUUGCCAUCAGGAUGGUUGAACCAGUUUGCGUCGCUCCAGUCUCAGUCGCUUCAGUCUCAGGCAGGCCAGCAACUCAACCCCAACGGUCAAGGCGGUGCUGGCCAAGGCCUCAACGCCCAGAACAUGGGUAUGCUCAACAGCAACGACGGCCGCCAGAUGGAGAUUCUCCGCUCCAUGCAGGCGACGCGCUUGACAAAUAACGGCAUGCCGAACGCCUCUCCACAGCAGAACCAGCAGGCGACCAACCUUCUGGCCCAGCAGCUGUUCGCCCAGCGCCAGGCUGCUGCCGGUCAGCAGCAGCAAAAUGCGCCUGCUGGUCAACAGCAGCGGCCACAGAUGGGCGCACAGCAGCCGAGCCUACAGAACAAGGACUUGUCGAACAUGGGCCCAAACAUGAUCAGCCAGUACACGAACAUGUUGGCCAAGACCAACCAGGUGACACCCGAGAUGCAGGCCGCAAUGCAGCGACUCCCCAGACGCACGGCCCAUCUUGCACAGAACCAAAACACAAGCAACAAUGUGGGGAUCAUGGACAUCCAAAACACGGGCACUCCGGUAAUGGGCAACACUGGUCUUCAGCCCCAGUCGGCACCGCAACAACAGGGCCAGCAGCAGGGCCAGCAGGCUCCCCAGCAACAGCAGCAGCCGCAGCAGCAACAACCCCAGCAACAGCAGGGCCAGCAAGUGCAGCCUGGCGGGCAACGAGGUCUUCAACUUCCGGCCAACAUCGACCAGGCGACUCGUGAGAACCUUCUGAAGCGGAUGAGUAUGGCGCGACAGCAGGGCCUGAGUGGUCUCACUCAACAGCAGCUCUUGCAGCUUGCUUCCCAAGGUCGCCUUCCCACAAACCGCCCGCCUGCCAACAUGGACCUCAACCAGUUCCAGCAGCUGGCGAAGCUCCCUCCUGGCGCGCUUCCAAACGGCAUGACGCCAGCCAUCCAGCAGCAGUUGCUACAGAUGCAGAAUCAACAGGCCUCACAGGGCAACGACACAGCCCACCAGCCUCCGGGCCAGAGUGCACAGAACCAGAACCAGAACCAGAACCAGAACCAGUCGAACCAACCCAACCAGAUGAACCAGAACCAACAAAGCCAAAACCAGAACCAGGCAGGCUCUCUGCCACCACAACAGUCGACGCCCAACCUUGGGACCCCAUCGCUACCUCCGCCGCAGCAGACGACCAGCGGCAAUGCGCAGUCCGCGCCGGCGAAUGGUGGCCCACAGCCACCUUGGCAGACCAACCCUAUCCGCAACCCGGCCAACAUGCUUCCUGAAGAGGACUGGCUCCGUGUGUUCCGCACAGUGAACCAGAACCAGAACCUCAACUACCCCAUGGUUGGCGGCAAGCAGCUAAGCCUUUACAAGCUGUUCACGAUCGUCUUCGCGUACAACGGGUACCGCUUCCUUGACUCCCAGCCUAUGGAGAAGGGAUGGGGCGCGAUGGCCCAGAUGCUCGGCUACCAGAACGCCAACGCACCAGGACCGAACGGCGGCGAUUCUGUCACCAAGCAGAUCAGCGACAUAUACCACACGCUCCUCGCGAGGUUGGAAGAAUUAUGGAUCGCCAACCUUCUGCAACAGCAGCGGCAGCGCCUGGUUGCAGCGCAAGGUCAGCAAUCAGGCCAACCUGGUCAGAACAACCAACAGCCGCAGCAACCGCCGGCUUCACAGGCGACUCAGCAGCAGCCAGACAGCCAGCAGCCGAACCAGUUCAACCUGCAGAACAACAUGUCGCGCCUCGCGCAGAUGACGCCCCAGCAGCAACAGCAGCUGAGCGGGAUAGUGCAACAGCAACAGCAACAGCAGCAACAGCAACAGCAGCAACAGCAACAGCAACAGCAACAGCAACAACAACAGCAACAGCAACAGCAGCAGUCAUCCGCACAGGGUGGCAUGCAGCCGCAGCAGCAGCAGAUGCAACAGCAAGCACCGGAACAGCAGCCGCAACAACCUCAGCCGAACGUGCAGCAGCAGAACCAAGGUGGCUUCAAUUUCAACUUCGGCAACGGCGGCAUGCCUCCGGGCCUCUCGAGCGAGCUCAUUAACGCAGUCGCGGCCAACCCCAACCUGCCGCUGUCUGAUGAACAGCGGCGCGUUAUGCGCUCUGCCCAUAUGCAGCAAGCGGUGCAGCAGGCGCAGCAAGCCCAGGCAGCCGCACAUGUUACUGAAGCGCAGAACCAGGCGCAACAGCAGCAGCAGAACCAGGCCCCCAACCAGGCGCAGCAGCAGCCUAACACAAUGUUGGGCGGUUCCAUGCCAACCCAACAGCAGGCGCCGUCGAUGCCGGGUCAGCAGCAAUCCACACCGCAGCAGUCGAUUUCGACGCCGCAGCAGCCUCAGCAGCAGGGUCCCUACCCGCAGCCCCGCAACUUGACUGAACUCAUCGCCAACGUUCGUGCCAAAGAGCACGAACUGGAGACCGCUUUCAUGAACACCAGAAAGCAGGUGGUGGUUGUUCCUCCCGAGCAGCAGGCCGAUUACCGCGUCACUCUGGAGCAGGUCGCCCGUCUCGCUCAAGAGGCUCGUGCCAAGAGCCCGCUGUUCAACGUUGUGUGCGCCAACGAGGAUGACAAAUACCGGUGCCAUAGCCUCGUUCAGCUCUCGUCAAUCAGUUCAGCAGCCGUCCAGAAGGCAAAGAUGAACCAGCCAUGCCUCAGCUUGAAGGAGCUCGAGGGCGUGCGUGGCCGAUUGAAGGGCUUCCUGGAUGAGUCGAACACUCAUCUCCACCAGUCCAUGUCUGAGCCUCGUCGACGGAUGCGCGUGCAGAUGCUCACCAGCGAGUUAUCCAAGACGACCAUGAACAACAACUCGGGGUCUAACGUGGUGGCCAUUGCACAGGCAGGCCAGGCUGUGGCGGCCGCGGCGACCACCGGCACACCGACAAUCCCUGCGGCGCCUCUGACUGGCACCCCGCUUCAGCACCCAGCCAUGCUGAGCCCCGAGGUUGUCAACAACCUCAUCAAGCGACCUUUGAAGCAAGAGGACUUGAAACCACCUCCUCUGCCCAAGGCUCGCAAGCAACAGCAGCAGGCUGCUCAGCAGGUUGCUCAGGCCACCAAGAUUGCUCCAUCACCAAAAACUGUCGAUGAGAAGCCCCCCAGAACCCCUGCGACCAACGCUGCAACCCCAGCAGCAGAAUCGUCCACACCCGGUCCCUCGGGAACCUCUGCCAAGAGACCCGCAAAGCGCAAGCCCUCGGCAGCCACGCCUAAGGCCAGCAAGAAGGUCAAGCUCGAGGACAAGGCCGAGAGCCCAUCGGUGCCUACACCGGCGGCGCUGGCAGCCACACCUCAGGACUCCACACCAGCCGCGGCAUCAGCACCGACUCCCGCUGCGUCGGGCUUUACCGGCUCUGCGCUCAAUGUUUCACGGGCGACCCAUGCGGACUACUUUGCCCAGCAACAAAAAGCCGCCGAGGCUGAGCGGGCCAAGUACACACAGUUCUUUGCCUCACGGCAGGCAGCGUCAACGUUUGACGGCGAUAUUGCGGCGGCCCUCAACAUGUGGGAGACGCAACAGGUGGACACUGCCGCGGCUCCAGACGUGGCAGGCCCAUCAAAUCUGGGCGAGACGGCUGCCGUGCUGGCCGCUUCCGUGAAGACUGAGGACGCGCUGGCAGACCAGUCCUGGCACGACUUCAUCAACGAGCAAAAUUUUGAUCCAGACGAGCCGACGCCUUUGCUCACUCGGUGUCGCUCGUUGGACACGGACCCCGAGUGCAGCCCACGCGACGCUGACCUGACCGGCCGCUCGCCGCUUGUGCAGAUGCACAUCGGCGUGCCUGGUGGUUAUGCGACUGCCCACGACAAGUUCGGAAACGGGCGCCGGGUGCCCUUGAUGAGCCCGUCGGCGCAGCCAUACAAUGGCAUGCUCUAUGUCGACCACGACGACACAACCGGACUUGAAGGGUUUAUGUGA